UCUUGUUCCAGGCAUCCAGCAGCAGCGAGUCCCACCAUGGAUAAAUGAGAGGGCGGCCGGCGGGGGAGACAACGUUCUGGCACCUCAUCCCGGGUGGUUUCGAGGACUUUGCAAGGAUGAACCGUAGAGACAGCAAGAGGAAGUCUCGGCAUGAGUACCAGAGCACGCUGGGCACCAAGGCCACUCAGCGGCAGUGCCGGCGUCGAAUGACCUGCCCCAGCCCGGCAGAGAUCAGCAAGGCCAAAGCCAUCAUGUCCAUACCUCCGCUUACCAAGGCACUCAGCAUGGACGAACUUCUGAAGAAAUGCAUCCAGUCUUUCGAUGUGGAUGGGAGUUUGCGAUGCAGCAGUGAGACGGUGAACAUGACGCUGAUGAUGCACAUCUGGAUCAUCCCGUCGUCGGAAUUCGCCCACAAGCUCCUGGUGCUUUACCGAGACGCUCCGGGGGAGAAGCCCACCCAGCUCCGUGCGAAGAUCUGCCACUUUGUGAGGUACUGGAUCGCUCACUACCCCGUGGUUUUCACAGUGGACUCCAAGCUGGAGGACGUGAUGUCGCAGUUCUGGGAGCUGGUGAGAGGUGAAGGCGAGGAGUCUCACUGCCAGCUCAUUGACACCUCCAACAUUCACAUGCAGGACUGGACACGUAAGUACACACUGCACGGCACGCCAAACAACAACAAGAAGCGGAAAGUCUCGCUGCUCUUCGAUCACCUGGAGCCGACGGAACUUGCCGAACACCUGAGCUACCUGGAGUUUAAGUGCUUCUGCCGGCUGUCGUACCUGGAUUACAGGAGCUACACGGUCAGUGGGUGUGUGAGAGAGAAUCCGGCCUUGGAGCGGGCUGUGUCCCUGGUGAACGGGAUCUCCCAGUGGGUCCAAUUGAUGAUCCUUAACAGGCCCACUCCGGCCCAGCGAGCAGAGGUCUUCACCAAGUUCAUACACGUCGCUCAGAAACUCCGGCUGCUCCAGAACUUCAACACACUAAUGGCCGUCAUCGGAGGGCUGUGUCACAGUGCCAUCUCGCGUCUCAAGGAAACCAGCUCCUACCUCUCGCAGGACGUCACCAAGGCAUUGAACGAAAUGACUGAGCUCCUGUCCUCGUGCAGUAACUACAGUAACUACCGCCGUGUCUUCAGUGAGUGCACCGGGUUUAAGAUCCCCAUCCUCGGGGUCCAUCUGAAGGAUCUGGUCUCGCUGAACGAGGCGCUGCCAGACUAUAUCGAAGAUACGAAGAUAAACCUGAGCAAACUGCAACAGAUGUACAGUCGCAUCUCCGAGCUGACCCGAAUCCAGAGCUGCACUCCCCCCUUCGAAGCCAACAAGGACCUAGUACAUCUCCUGACACUAUCGCUCGACCUGUACUACACCGAGGAUGAAAUCUAUGAGCUGUCUUACACAAAGGAGCCCAGGACUCAUCGAACGGUGACAGUCCCCCCCUGCAAACCGCCUGUGGUUGUUGACUGGGCCUCAGGAGUGGCCCCAAAGCUCGACGCCCUGACCAUCAGCAAGCACGUGCGGCAGCUGGUCGACUCCGUAUUUAAAAACUACGACCAUGAUCAAGAUGGUUACAUUUCCCAGGAAGAGUUUGAAAAAAUCGCUGCUAGUUUUCCAUUUUCCGUCUUCAUCUUUGACAAAGAUCGCAAGGGGCUGAUAAGUCGGGAAGAGAUCACCGCCUAUUUCCUGAGAGGCAGUUCCAUCUGCUCCAAGCUGUCCCUUGGCUUCCUCCACAACUUCCAGGAGAACACAUACAAGAAGCCAACCUUCUGUGACAACUGCACGGGAUUUCUCUGGGGUGUCAUUAAGCAAGGAUACAGGUGUCAGGACUGUGGGAUUAACUGUCACAAGCAGUGCCGGGACACGGUGAUGUUGGAAUGCAAGAAACGCAGCAAGGCCGACCACACACAGCAAUGUCCCACCACACCCUCCCUCCUAACAGCAACACCGCAGAGGGGCCACGGCACAGGCAGUGACACUGAGGUGUUCAUGUACCCCCACAUCGACAGCGCUGAGCACAGUCACAACGGCAAAGACCAUGCCAUCAUGAUGUUGAGCCACUUGGACCAGAUGGUGCCAGUCCAGAGGAGGCCAGCCAUGACAGACGGGUCCACACAGACUGAGCCGCUCCUUCCGGACCCGGACUCUGCUGCCGGGGCACCUGCGCUCGCAAAAUCCACCUCUAACUCCUCCACGUGGCGGCAUUUUGAAUACAAGGAUCUGGAGAUUCACCACCAGACGCGGACACUGUGCAAGGCUGAGGAGCAACGGGACCAGCUGGCGGCGGAGAACGACCGUCUUCACAAGCUGAUGGCCGGCCUGCAGGAGGAGAACGCCCGGCUCCAGCGCCAGCUCACAGCCCUGCAGCGGCAGGUCGAGGAACAGAAGGAAAGGCAGGAAGCCCUCAGCCAGCCCACCGUCACCCUGAUCCUGGAACAGAUGAACAACAUGCACGUACAGCAUGAUUCCAAGAUCUGAGCCGUGCUAACAGUUGGUGCUGAACACGC